AUGCCUAAAACUAAAUUUAGUGACCUGCCUAAAUUUAAACAAAAGGAUAUCAUAGUAAAACUUAAACAUUCCUUAGAUGACUUUAGAGCCGACCGAGAAUACUAUUUAAGACAAAGUCCUCAACAUUAUCACCACCUUCUCGUCAAGACCGAAUCCGAGUUUGUAAACCCGGGAGCUCAGGAAUUUUUUAAACGUUUACAUCGAAUUAUUAUUGGUAACGUUUUAUGGAAACAUAAAGAACUUGAAAUUUUUUUUACAGCUUUGGAACGCUGUGGAAAACAUAAUCCCGCUGAAAUUUCCCGACGCCUCGGUACUAAAAGUGUAUCACAAGUCAUAAUGCUUAUUGAACUUUUUGAACAUGAAUCAAAUUUGGCGAAGGCUUGCAAGGCGAUCCGUCCUGUAAAUUAUACUGACAUACCGUCUGCUAGGGAGAUGAGUGAUUAUUGGUUAGAGUUUGAGAAAAUACAAGUUAAAAUGAUUCAAGAGCGAAUUAAUAAAAUUGAAACGAAAGAGACUUUUGAAGAAAAUAUGCAACCGAUUUCUAAAUGGGAUGAAAAAAAGUUGGAAUUGCAUACUACCGAUGAUAUUCUUGUUAAUCGUUCAUCUAUUAUUACGCUUUAUCAUAUACUACAAAAUUGGUUGCAAGAUAUUAUUAAAAAUCUUAUUGCAUUAAAUGAUCACUACAAAAGAACUUAUACUCAAGAGAAACAUGAGGCAUGUAGUAUUAUUUCGAAAUAUGAUGUAUACAAAGCUCUGGAAAUUUAUGGGUAUAAAUUCUCGAAAACACGUAAUACGAAUGUUACAAAUGAAGAUGACGAUCUUAUAGAGAUCAGUGAAUCUCAAUACAUGAGUAGUUUAGUUGAUAAGAAUAUACAGGAGGGAUAUUCUAGUAACGCUUAUAGUGACGGUUUAUCCGAUGAAUUUAAUAUGCAAAUUGACGUACAACAGACAAAAAACGCGGAUCAAACACUCAAUGAAACUAGUGAAGAUAGUGACAACGAUGAGUUCGAUGACACGGGUUAUGAUUCGAGAUAUCGACGUAGUGAAGAUGUUACAAAUCAUCAAAUGAUCAUUGAUUAUGACGAUGAAAUCGAAAUUAAGGAACAAAAUGUAGAUAAAUUGUACGACAAUGAAAUCGAAAUUAAGGAACAAAAUGUAGAUAAAUUGUACGAAAAAGCAUUUUUACGACUUCUUAUUAAUCCAAUUGAUGCAGAAUCUAUGAACAUCUCGAAUGAAAUAGAAAAUUUGGAGGUUUUGCUAGACACAGGUUUGAGGAGCUGCAAUAGGAUUUUUGAUGAAAAAUCAGUAGAUUCUGAAUUGGAGGACUUGCUAGAUUCGGAUAAAUCACCACAACACCAUAAUCACAUUUGA